AUGGGCUUCUUGGGACCAUUUGACUGUUGUUUUCCUUGUGUGUGUAGAGCGAUUCGGCAAUAUAACGAACUGCUCCCCAAAGCCAUUCAUUUGGAGCCCCGUGGCCUCAGGCAUGCAACCUCUAUUUCCCCUUUGGAUACUCCUCGCCCAUCUUCGGGUUAA